CAAUACAAAUGAUGUCAUCAGAAAGUAAACUAUAAGUAUACGACUAGACAGAUAUUUGUCGUACCUGAUUGUAGUUGAUUAAUGGCAUUAAGAAAUCGGUGUAGCGUCGAGGAUCGAGGGAAAUGAUUUUAAUGAAAAUGUUUUGUAUUCUCAACUCAAACGCCCGUCAUCGUGAGUGUUUAACAAACCGCUGUUGAUCAAUCUGUGAGUGAGGUCAAAACAAAGCAAUAAGAUAUGCAAAAGUGAAGCUUCUGCCAGGACACUAUAGGAGAAUAAGGCAUGUCUGGUAAAUGUGGUUUUACAAGAGCCCCUCAACCUCAAAUAAAAUUUGAAAAUAGCCAAAAAUUGUCAUCUGAUGAUGUUGAGAAAGACAAACAGGCAGCUCAGAAAGCAUCACAAAAUAACUGUCUUGAAACACACGAAAGUCAGGUAAAACAUGAUUAUCAAAGCAUCGAUGUUGUGAUAAAGCAGACAAAGACGAGAUGCACAACGCUGAAAAAAAUAAUUGAUGAAGUUGAACCUAAAAUUUCGUGUGACGAUGACGAAACACGCCAGACAGUUUCGCAGUUGAAAGAACUUUGGCGUAAAAGUCAAAUUGGUUUGAGUCAGCUGCUAAUUAGAAAAUGCUGCUUUCAUUUACUUCAAGACGACCAUCUUUAUGUUUACUACUAUGCAAACGAGCUACUCAAAAUCGCUGAAGACUUGUCCUCAAGCGAACUGAUACAAAUUGUCAAUGUUUAUUUUUCCAAGAAAUUUGUGAUCAACAUUGAUAGGCAACGCACGCAUGUAUUUGAUUUGGACAAUGAAGAAAAUAUACGCAUGUUCAUGGAAAAUACGCGGGAAUCUUUAACUUUGACUAAGGAGUUUUCUCUGCUGUACAAGCUUGAUCAUCAUUUUUCUGAGAGUUGUGAGUUCCAACUGAGUCUUGAUUUAAACAAUCGACUGCUGAAGAUAGCUUGUGAAAUUAUUAACGUCUAUUACAUCGUGAGAGUGCUUCGCAAUCUAGCUCAUUUGUAUUUACUACUGGGCAAGUAUGAUAAGUCGUAUGCUGUUAUGAAAAAAAUGAGCGACUGGAAAUUUCUCCCUGACAUCGACAAAUCUGUUUUGUUUUGUAACCUAAGCGUCGUGGAACUUUUGAAAUCGAAAUAUAAUGAUUCCUUGAAGCAUGCCAAAAUGUCACUGAACUUAGCUUUGAACAUUCAAGAACCUUCGCACAAAGGAUGUGCCUUUGGCAAUAUUGGUCUUGCCUAUGAGUACAUGGGAAGAUAUAAAGAAGCGAUAGAGCCAUACGAACUAUGUCUGGAUGUUGGCAUGGGUGCAAAAAACAGUAGGGUGGUUAACAAUGGUCUUUGCAAUCUUGGGCGAGCUUAUCAGGGCCUAGGAAAUAGUGUAAAGGCAAAAGAAUACUACCUUAAAGCUUUGAAUACAGAGCGACCAACAAAAGCUUUCUGGUGCGACACAGAGGAAUUUCGUUUUAGCCCUGAUUAUUUGCUGGCAAAGUUGAGAAUAAAAGAUGGCGAAUGGCAAGAGUCCGAAAAAUUGCUGAGGCAAGUGAUUGAUCGAUGUGAAGGCCUUCGUAAAUCUAUCGACGAUAGCCUCACUAAAAUUACAUUUAAUCAAACACAACGUAAGCCUUACCAGUUGCUUCAACAUGUUUUGAUACAAAGUGGCAACGUCAUGGAGGCCCUACUUGUAGCGGAGAAAGGACGUGCACGCGAUUUUUUUGAUAGAAUUGAGAAGGAACGCGACUUUCGAAUCGACUCGGUUGACGAUCUGCUUAACAUGAUCGAACAAAAAAAGAUUGCCGUUAUGUUUAUAUCUAAUUUGGAAGAAGUUGGAAAACUGUAUUUUUGGUUGAUUUCAUCUCGUGGUAAACUUUUAAAGCACUAUUCAAUUCCGAGCACUGAAUACCAUGAAAUAUUUACCAAUUUAGAUUUUGCUCUUCGCAAAACGCAAGGAAGGUACAAAAUAGAAAUCCGCGGUGACAUAAAUUGUGGAAGAAAAUACAACUGUUUCAGUCCUCUGGUGAGCCAAUCAAUUGAACUCGUUGAACAAUGGCUUGUGAAAAAGGAAAAAGAUGAACCACAGGGAGAUUUCGAUGAUUCUAAGAAAAUAGAAAAGAACAAAGCGGCUGUUAAACCAUUCCAUGGAAAUGAUGCAGUUGUCGAAGAUGUGGAACUCUUUUCUCAACCCGUAAAUUGCCUUAAAAAUGAGGAGAAUGCGAUAAUAAAUGACUGCAACACUAGGUUUCGUUCACCUACUGAAACGUGCUCUUCACUGGCUGAGCAAAUUGAAAAACUUUCAAAUCUUCUUGUCAAGCCAAUAGAAAAAGAGCUUGAGGCCAUGAUGAACCAGGAGAACAACGAUGAUAAGCCUAAACUACUUAUUGUCCCCCAGUGGAAAACGUUCAACGUCCCUUUUUCCGCUUUGAAGUUGAGGUCAAAGCCGCUUUGCUACGAUUUGACUAUACUGGAGGCAUUCUCAUUUGAAUCUUUCGAAUAUUCAUGCUCAACAAAGAGAACAACAUCAGAAAGUAAAAACUCGCCUUUGGGUAACGCUUUGGUCGUUGGGAAUCCAACUCAUGAGAUCAAUUUACAAUUUGCCGAAGAUGAAGCUUAUGCUGUGGGAGAAAUGCUAAACGUGAAGCCGUUGAUACGAAAUGAAGCAACUAAAACAGCAGUCAUGCGACUUAUUACAACUGCUCGUGUAAUACAUUUUGCAUGUCAUGGUAAUUCAGAUGGCAGCGCAUUGGCGUUAGCUAAUUGUGGUGGUAAUUUAAGCGACAGUGAUGUUCUUAUGACGAAAGAUGAUGUGGAGAAGUUGAAAAUAAAUGCAGAUUUAGUUGUCUUGAGUGCUUGUAAUACAGCACGUGGUUCAAUCAAGAGUGAGGGUGUAGUUGGAGUAGCAAGAGCUUUUCAACUCGCUGGUGCCCGUUCUGUUGUCACAGCACUUUGGGCAAUCCCAGAUGAAGCGACCAAGUGCUUCAUGAAACAUUUCUAUAGGAAGCUUAUUGAUGGGAAGACAGUUGCUGAUGCAGUUCGAGCCACUCAAGUGUUUAUGCUUGAUGACAAAAAGUUUAACGACGUCGUAAAUUGGGGGUCCUUCGUAGUGCUUGGUGCAAAUCCAUCAGUCAUGAAACUGGUUUAGUAAAAAGAACAUAUCAUAUGUUCAACUCACAGCUUACGUAACAUUUUUCGUGUACGAGUAUACCAUCAUUCAGGUUACCCAUAUGUUGUACAUUCGAUCUGCUUAUGUAAUACAUCUUUUGUUUAAUCUUUAUUUAAGUUUUACUAUUAUUAAUCUUAAUGCUUGUAAAUAACUGUAUUAUUGUAACUUUAUAUAAUAAUGGUGUAUUAUACAUUUAAUUCAGUUGUAAAAACUGCAAGAUGUAUUCAUAUAUUAAACAAUUAAAUAAAUAAACAAAUAAAUCAAUUAAA